AUGGCGUUUGAACGGUCCGCUUCAAAAAGCGACGUCUCAGUAGACUCCGAGGAGGCGUCGUUCCAUGCCUUCAAUAGCCCCAGGAAACUCCCGCCGUGGCUGGAUCAUUUCAACGCAAAAGACCUUAAGAUCUUGUUCAAAUGCUCCAUAGCUGUUUGGAUCUUUACCCUGUUCAUUCUCAUCAGUGACACCUUGCGAGUCCUUGGACAAGCAACCUUUUUCGGAUGUAUUGUUCUAUUCAUCAUGCCGCCAUCCGGCGUCGUCUUUAUCCAUGUCCUGGCUGGACUGAUGAUCUGCUUCGGUAUGGCGCUUGGCUGGGCUUGGGGAACCAUGACAAUGAAAGCAGCCUUAGCGACAAGACCCAAUGCUGAUCUGAUGCAACGCUAUGGCGAACUACAAGCAUCAAUGCCCCAGAACACAACUAAUGUUGGACAGGCUUCUGGUCAGGCAACAUACCAGCAGAUAGCCAUUUAUGAAGGGUUCAUGCUCGAUACUCGCAUAUCUGCUCGUUUACGAGUUUCUGCGCCCAACCUCACACUCGUAGCACUCUUCUCGAUGAUCGUGACGGAUAUUUUCCUAACCAUUGCACCACUCAUCCCUACCUUUCAAGGCACAAUUCCAAAAGUAUUGAUCCUACCCGCUGCCAUCGCAGUCGGAAUCGGCGCAGUAUGCAACCUGAUUUUCUUCCCGCAGUCAACCUCUCAAAUCACCCUCGAAAGCAUGUCCGACUUGCUUGUUCCAAUGAACGGCUAUAUCAAGUCUUUAACUUGGCAUUUCAAAACUAGAACGAGGUUUGAACCAAAGCGACUUCAGGAGCUCAAGGGUGGCUUGGCUGCAUCUCAAAAGAGCAUCGAAUCUGCCAUCAAGUUCCUUCCCAUGGACUUUACGCGUCGAAAAUGGAGCCCCGACGAUAUCAAGUCUUUUCAAGAGCCACUACGACAGGUGCUGGUAUCAUUUGGAGAGCUCCUGCAGCUGUCUAUUUCUCGCGAGGAACUCUUUGCGAAAGACGAGGCUCUCACGAAUGCCGUCGAUGAGCUAGAAAAGUCCGAAAAAGACAAGCAUCCACUCGCAUACCAUAUUGCCAAAGCAGCUGAUUUCCGUGAACUCACAAGCCAUCCCGACACAGAAGAAAUGUUGAUCAAAGCUGUCGACUCAUUGUCUUCUUGUGCUACGCCACUGCUGCGGACUUUGGAACAAGGCAUCGAUGCUAUCAUCGAGGCAUUGUCAGGACCCAAGGGCGAUGUUGUAGCUCAACAUGAGCAAAUCCUUGCUUCCCUGCAGGAAGAUCUGGAUUACUUCGAGGACUCAGCUGCCGAGCACUUGAUUGCCCCCCAUGCUCAUCUUUUUGAUGCAGAUGGCAAGGUCAUUUUUGAAGAUAAUCGCUCACCACCUAUGUUUGGUCUGAUGUCGGGUCUAUUGUACCACGAACGAUUAAUUAACCUGACCAAAAGCAUCGGUGCCGUUCUCGAGAAAGCCGUGGAGAUGGAGAAGACCCGAACGAAAAAACAGAUGUGGUUUCCAAAAGGGCUCCAAAAACUCUUCUCGCUAGGCUUUUCGAAUGAUGCACCGCCUUCCACGCUCGCUGGUACCACAGACCUUACCCGCACCAUGUCAGCUAUCUCGAAACCUGAAAAGAAAGGUGGCCUAUUCAAGAGGAAGCCUAAAAACAAGCCCGAGGCGGGGGAGACGGAGAAGACAGCAGCUACCAUUUUGGAAGGCAUGAAACAGACAACGAGCAGACAGCGAAAGAAGCCAAGCCUUAUCUUUUUAGGGUUGAUCAACUUCUUCACUGGAGUUGAGGGUCUGCACGCCCUACGAACGCUGAUCCUGACAAUUGCCCUCGCUGUCCCUGCCGUAAUACCAUCAUCGGCAGGAUUCUACUACCGAGAGAAGGGAAUGUGGGCAUUGAUCAUGGCACAAAUGGCCCUUGAACCAUACAUGUCUGAUUUUACUGCUGGAAUUAUCAUUAGAACUCUCGGUACCGUUGCAGGUGGUGUUCUUGGUCUUUUGUGCUGGUACAUUGGAUCUGGCAACGGCCCUGGAAACCAUUAUGGUCUUGCUGCGAUCAUGGCUGUUGCCAUUGUCGGCAUGAUGUGGUGGAGGCUUUUCGCCCCUCCGCAGCACAUGGCAGCUGGCAUUAUGCUUACGUCUACCAUGUACAUGGUGGUAUCCUACAGCUGGGUUGACACUCACAUUCCUAGUUAUGGUAACCCUGGUGUGGGAUACGAAGUCUUCUGGCGAAGAAUACUUCUCGUCUUGAUCGGAUUCGGUGCAGCUGUUCUUGUUGCACUACUUCCCCGACCUCUUUCAGGAAACAGACACUACAGGCAGAUCAUGUCUAGCCAGCUUUCGAGCGUCCGAGAUCGCUAUGCGCUUCUUAUAUCAGUCUGGCGCGAGCCUCCAUCGGAUUUUGUCCAAGUCAUGGAAAAGGAAGCGACCACUGCUGAAGAAAUCUUGAACUCCAUCGUUCUUCCGAUCCAGAAGACGAAGUUCGAAUUCUCGACAUCCAACCUUGACACCAACACACUUAGUCGCGCGAACCAUUUAUGCACCAACCUCAAUGUCUUUAUUACGCAAUUCAGUUUGAUUGUCACCAAGCUUCCCCUGCCAGUGCGCGAGCGCUUCAUGCAACGCGUGACCGCCGGUGAUGAGAACCUCGUUGCAGAUCUCAUGUCGACUUUGACCCUUCUUCAGCACUCCUUGAUAUCGGGAGAACCGCUUCCAGCAAUCCUGCCUACUCCUUUAGUAGGCAGAGCAAUGCAAUUCAGGAAGCUCAAGGGGGACCUUCAUGAUGAGGGUAACUCAAAGGAAUACCUAGCUACCCCACAAGGAAGGCAUUGGUCUGCCGCUGUUUACGCGUUUGUGAGGUUCUUGGGCACGCUCGACGAUCUUGUGUUUGUUGUGAAGAAGGCUGUUGGAGAAAGCUCACAUAUCCAUACGGAUGCUUUCGGUGGAAGUAUGUACUAA